CGCGCAUCAUAUUCCAGUCCGAGUCGAAACUCCGGCGGAACCAGCUGAAACAAGAAAGAGAGAAGAAAAGGUAGCAGAAGACGAACCAAAACGAUGUCGUCGGAAGCUGCGAAGGGAGCGACGACGGGAUUCGUGGAGUGCGAUCGGCUGCACCGCGCGCUGGUGGAUUGUCACCGUCGGAUCCCGGCGGGUCGGGCGCGGGAAUCGGGUUGCCGGCACCUGAACCGCGGACUUGCCGAGUGCUUGGUGUCGGUGGCGUGCCCGGACGAGGCCGAAGCCGUUCGGAGCCUCUGCGGUAGCAGCGGCACCGGUCUGAAGCGGACUCAGUGCCAACAGGCUCAGCUCUCCCUCUCUCUCUGCCUCUCCUCUCAUCAAACCAAAGACUAAACAAUAAUGCAAUUCUUUUUUUUUUUGGUAAUUUUGUUCUAAGUAACAUGUAUCAAUGUGGGAAAUACUUGUUUGUUUUU